AUGGACAAACGGUUUAGUGAGAUGCCACCAGACACGGCGUCACUAUACUCUGGAAUACUGGCCAAAAUAUCUGCUCUCACUAACCCGGCUAAACAAUCCCAGAGCUCAACCCCUACCACUAGUGGAAGCAAUUUAGACUGUUCAUGUCUAUCGCCUCUAACACGGGAAUAUUUGGAGGUACAUAAGGAUAAGAUGACAAAUUGGACUCAACAGAAUUUGCUUGACAUGUCAAAUAGGGAGUUCCCGGAGCUGGAAAUUGCACAGCGACUGCGGCUUAUGGACACCAGCAAGAUUGCCGUGGAGACAAUGUACAAUUUGGUUAGCAAGUUCAUUUACCCCCCGAGCCCACUGCUAAAAAUGAUGCUUUUCCAAUUCAAAGAUCCAUCACUACCGCAUAAUCGACUAGCUGUGUUUUAUUUAUUCAAUCACCUAGUGCAAAUGCAUUCUGAUUCGCUGUGGAAGUAUCCCACCGAAUCUGGUACAAUCGUCCGUACUGGUUUGGAUGUAUUCCUGUUACCAUCGCUACAAUUCGCCGCAGCCAUUGGAUGUGAACACAUGAAUAGUUACAUAAAAUGUAUAAAGAUAUGGCAAUCACGUAGUGUAUAUUCUGCAAAGACUUGUUCAUACAUGUUGGGAAUAGUGUCUAAAGGUGGAGUAAAUCCAUCUUCUGUGAUUGUAGAGUACAGUGAAAAGGGUGCUCAUUCACAUGUGGCACUUAAACUAGAUAAAAUAGCACCUCUUGCACUGGCACUAUCCAUGCCCAGCAUAGCGGGUGCUCAGAAAGCGGCCAUGCUAGCUUUACAAAAUGAAGGCAUUGACGUUGAAAACAUAGAUGAUAUUGAUACUGUGGACAAGGACCUGAGCAAUGCCGUCGCCCUGUAUAGGACAUGCUGCGCAACAAUUGGACAGGAGAUCAUCCUUUCUAAUAGCGGACUGAUUGAGUUGGCUGGACUUGUGAUGGAUGAGUCCAAGGCAAUAGAGGGGCUAAAGGGCGAUGCCAAACGGGUUGAAGCCAUGAUUGCUCAAACUGAGGAGGGACAUCUAUGA